AUUUGGAUUAUAAUUGUGUUUAAAAAACAUACAAUUUAAGCUAGUGGUAACUGCUGAUAGUUUCGUUCGACAAAAUUGAAGAUUAUCUUUAUGAAAAUAAUGUGUAGUAAUAGAAUCAGUGUACGAUUUAUAAAAUAAAAAUAAAAUGUUUGUGAAGAAAGACUAGUAAACUUGUAGUGUUUUUUUUAACAAUGACUUCGUUUAUUAAUUUAACAUGGAAAUGGGAGUAUAUAUGUGGCCCUUCAGGUCUUCAACCAUGGAACGACUCAACAAAAGAUAUCGGAAUGUGUUUUCAAGAAUUGUUUUUACAGAUACCAAUUUACUUUAUCCUUGCCAUCACGUCAGGAUACUACGUUGGAUUCCGAAAAGACUGGGUAGUCAGGGAGAAAAUUCAAGAACGAGCUAUAGCAUUACGUAGUUUUGCAAUUUUAUUACUGGCUUUUAUUCCAAUAAUAGAACUAUACAUUUUCUUGACUGACGAAGACUUUACUUUACUUCCAAUUGAUUAUUUUACGGCCGGAGCUUCUUGUUUAUCGUGGCUAGUUCACUUUGGCUAUGUUUUGGCUUUAAAGCAUCGCCUCGGACAUAGUUCUCGGGGUCCUCUAUGUCAACUUAUAUUGUGGGUUCUACUAGUAAUUUUCAAUAUAAUAGCACUACGCAGUUCUAUUCUAACUGGAGCUCAAAAUAAAUUUUACAUUGCUUCAAUAUGUUGUCAUGGGUUAUAUUUCCUUACUUUAUUACCUUCGAGUGACUCAAGGCCGACAUUUUACUCGCCAUGCCUUGUUGGUUCACAACAUUCACAUAGUGAAUACACACCACUCCUGCCACGAGGUGAUGAGGGUAUACUUGGCACUGCUAUGCAAGGUGCUAGUUACUGGUCCAAACUUACUUUCACAUGGGUCAAUCCACUUCUCCAAAAAGGAUUUGAUAACAAGCUGCAAGAUCCAGAAGAACUGUAUGAUAUCCCUGCAAAAUAUAGAUGUUCUUAUGUUGGGGCGAGAAUGGACAAAGCACUGAUCGGAAAUGUUGAUAAUUAUCAACAAUUUACUGAAGUGCCACAUGAACCUUUUAUAGGCUCUGGCUAUGGAGCUACAGGUGAGACACAGCCACAGAUAUCAACUCCAGUUACACCAACAUCCAGAGUACUGUUGCGUCCAGCACGUCGUCAAAACGUGUCCCUGCUACGUGCCUUACAUCAUUGCUUUGCUGUUCAGUUCUAUAGCAUUGGAAUGUUGAAGCUGGUUGCAGAUAUGGCUGGCUUUGCCGGACCGAUAUUACUCAAUAAAUUAAUUACUUUUGUUGAAGAUACUAGUAUUGACCAACAUUAUGGAUAUAUAUAUGCGGCAACACUUCUCGCAGCGACAGUUAUAGGUGCUCUGUUUAAUGUUCAAUUUAACUGGCUAAUGUCGAUCAUAGGGCUCAAAAUGCGCGGAGCGAUCGUAUCGACGAUUCUCAGAAAGACUCUUAGUGUGACGACGACUGAACUCAACAAGGCUUUUAGUGUUGGAGAAAUAACGAAUUUCAUGUCGACUGAUACAGACCGCAUUGUGAACUCGUGCCCAAGUUUCCAUGCAUUAUGGAGCAUACCACUGCAGUUAUUCAUCACCCUGUUUCUUCUUUAUCAACAAGUCGGCGUCUCAUUUUUGGCUGGCGUAGGAUUUUCUAUAAUGUUGAUACCAGUUAACAAGUUGAUAGCUAAUAAAAUAGGCGAGCUGAGUACCGAGAUGAUGAAACAUAAAGAUUCUCGCGUCAGCUUGAUCGGCGACAUGCUCCGCGGCAUUAGGACUGUGAAAGUACACGUUUGGGAAGACUACUUCAUCGACAGAGUAUCAGAGGCGCGGCAGGGCGAGCUGCGGCGGCUGCGCGGGCGCAAGUACCUGGACGCCGUGUGCGUGGUGCUGUGGGCCUGCACGCCCGUGCUGCUGGCCGCGCUCACGCUGGGCACGCACGCGCUGCGCGGGCUGCCGCUCGACGCGCCCACCGUUUUUACAACGGUGGCAUUAAUAAAUAUGUUAAUAGCACCGUUAAACGCAUUCCCCUGGGUCUUGAACGGGAUCACCGAAGCCUGGGUGUCUAUAAAACGGAUACAAAAACUACUGGAUCUGAGAGACAUGAACGGUGAACAUUACUACGACCGCCUGAAUAUAAACAGAGACGAAGACAAAAUGAUUAUCCUAAAGAAUGCUUCAUUCACGUGGGCGCAGCCUUCGGUGCGGAGGAAGCCGAUUAAUCCAAAGAAAAACAAAGGAAAGUCUAAAAAGAAGUUGACCAAACGCACUGUCAGAAGUGAUUCAGUGUCUUCCGGCGAGGCGACAGUGCAAGAGCCCUUUACUUUAAAGAAUAUUUCAUUAGAAAUCGGCAAAGAUGAGCUAAUCGGUAUCGCCGGCCCCGUGGGAAGCGGCAAGACGUCCUUGUUGCUGGCUAUCGUCGGCGAUAUGAUCAAACAGAGCGGGGACAUACAAAUACCUGAGUAUCUGAACAGUUUUGGUUACGUAUCUCAGCAGCCUUGGCUCGUGCGUGGAACUAUACGCGAUAAUAUACUGUUUGGAAAACCGUACGACGAGGCGAAGUUUAGAUCUGUGAUCGACGCAUGCGCUUUGACGGAGGACCUCAACGUGCUGGGCUGGAACGCGUACGUAGGCGAGGGCGGCUGCACGCUGAGCGGCGGCCAGCGCGCACGCGUGGCGCUCGCGCGAGCCGUCUACCAGGACAAGCAAGUGUACCUGCUGGACGACGUGCUGGCGGGCGUGGACGCGGCGGUGGCGGCGCACAUCAUGCAGCGCUGCGUGCUGGGCCUGCUGCGCCACACGGCGCGCGUGCUGGUGACGCACUCGCCGCGCCAGCUCGCGCGCACGGCCCGCGCGCUGCUGCUGCGCGACGGCCGGGUCGCCGCGCAGGGCUCCCCCGACACCGUGUUGCACGAAAUUGAGGAAUUCUUACCGAGCGAGACCGAAUCUAUCGGCGAAGAAAAACCCUCCGCUCACGAAGCGGAGCCUCGGUCCGACGACCAGGACAACGUCAGUCAAAACAGCUUGAACAACGACGAAGCGAUGUCAGAAGGUACUGUGGGUUGGUGGGUGAUCGGUCUGUACUUGCGCUCCGUGGGGGCAUUCCUGACGAUGACCAUCAUCAUCUCCCUCGUCCUAAUGCAACUCUCGCAGAACUUCACGUUCCUGUGGCUCACGUUUUGGGUUAGAAGCGGGAGCAAGAACACGACAACUUUGCAAUCAUCGGUUGAUUAUACACACGAAAAUACGACGAUUCUCGACCACGGCUUCAACAUGGCCGACAGUAUCGUUCACAUCAUCGCCAAUAAAACGAUGGAACUAAUAAACGGAUUGAAUGCAUACAAUGUAGCAAGUGACAAUACCAGCGGGACCGACACUUAUAUGGUUCAGGAGCCGCAGCUGAGGAAGACAUCGAUCACCGACACUUAUUACAUGGAGGUUUAUUUUGGUCUCGCUGGAUUGAACUUAGUAUUUACUAUCAUGCGAGCAUUUUUGUUUGCAUAUGGCGGCGUCAAGGCAGCCGAAAAAAUACACAAAGUUCUCCUUAGACAUGUCGUGAAGGCGAAUAUUAAAUUUUUCGAUACGACUCCGACCGGUCGCAUCAUUAACAGGUUUUCGUCGGACACGUACACCGUCGACGACUCCCUGCCGUUCAUUUUAAAUAUCCUCCUUGCACAAGUGUUUUCCUUGAUGGGCGCGGUGGCGGUUACUGUCUACGGUCUACCGUGGUUGCUAGUGGGAGUGUUACCUAUGACUUUUAUUUAUUACAGAUUACAGCGCCGAUACCGAGUCACCUCGCGGCAGCUCAAGCGCCUGCAGAGCGUCGCCCUCUCGCCGGUCUACGUACACUUCAACGACACCCUCGAAGGGCUCAGCACGGUGCGCGCGCUGGGCGCGGCGGCGCGCUGGGCGGAGCGCGGCGAGGAGGGCGUGGAGCGCUGGCAGCGCGCCGCGCUGUGCGGCGCCGCGGCCGCGCAGUGGCUGGCGCUGCGCCUGCAGGCCGUGGCCGCCGUCGCCGUGGUGGCCGCCGCGCUGCUGGCCGUGCUGCAGCGCGCUACGCACGCCGCCGAUCCGGGUCUCGUGGGCCUCGCGAUAUCGUAUGCGCUGUCGAUGACGUCGAUGCUGAGCAAUGUCCUGAACGCCUUCACCGAGACGGAACGGGAGAUGAUCGCCGUCGAGCGUGUCGGCGAGUACAUCACGCAGAUCGAAAGCGAGAAAGUGGAGGGAGUAUCGCCACCGUACGGGUGGCCCUCGCACGGUGUUAUAAGUUUUGAGGAUGUCUAUCUUAAAUAUGGAAGCGGCGAGCAGAGCGAGGCGGCGCUGCGGGGGCUCACGUUCGCCAGCCGGCCGAGCGAGCGGCUGGCCGUAGUGGGCCGGACGGGCGCCGGCAAGAGCUCGCUGCUGCGCGCCGUGCUGCGCCUGGCGCCCUGCAGCGCCGGUCGGGUGCUGGUGGACGGCGUCGACGUGUCCACGCUGCAUCUCCACGCGCUCAGAUCGCGGAUCGGCAUCAUACCGCAGGAGCCGUUCAUCUUCACGGGCAGCAUUCGCGAGAACGUGGACCCGCUGCGGCAGUACCUGGACGCGGAGGUGUGGCGCGCGCUGGAGGCGUGCGGUGCGCGGGACGCGGUGGUGUCGCGCGGCGGGCUGGCGGCGCCCGCGCUCGGCGUGUCGCGCGGACACGCGCAGAUGCUGUGCCUCGUCAGGGCAUUGCUGCAGAGGGCCAAGGUAUUGCUAGUGGACGAAGCGACGGCCAACCUCGACGCGGAGAGCGAGCGCGUGAUCCUGGACACGAUCCGCUGCUCGUUCGGCGGCAGCACGGUGGUGUUCGUGGCGCACCGGCUGACGGGCGUGCUGGAGUGCGCGCGCGUGCUGGUGCUGGGGUCGGGCCGCCUGCUGGAGCUGCGGGCGCCGGAGGACGCUCUGGCCGACCCCACGUCGCACCUGUACCGCCUGCUGCAUCCCGACCGCUAGGGACGCUAGCGGACGCGGACAUUUAGCUUGUGAUAAUAAUUAAGACUAUAAGUCAAUUAUUCUUGAAAUAAGAACUAUUCAUUUUAUUUAGAAUAGUAUUUUAAUGAUGAUUUGAUUAGGUAAACUUAUCGAGAGCCAAAGUUGAAAGUCAGGCUAACUGUUAAUUAGUUUGUUAUAUUUUGAAAUAACUGACGCAUAUGAGACUAAAUUACUGAAAAAACAUUAUCGUAAACUAAACUGUUGUUCUGAUUAAAAAAUUAAAGGCUUAGAAUAAUUUGUUACUAUUUUGUUUGAAGGCACUGAUAUGAAUAUAUAAAUAUAAAGAUAGAUGCCACGAGUCCGGCGUAAAAUUAUGAAAAUUAAACGUUCCACUUUAUUUUAGUACCUCUAUGACGUCACAAGAGCAAUUGUGUAACGGAAAACACACGUAAGUCACAUAUUACUAUUUGAUUUUUGCUUUUUAUAUAUUUUUUAAUAAAUACAUAAUUUAUUUCGCUCCAUUCGUACUUGUAUAAACUUUCGUGUACUACGCAAAUAAGAUAUUAUUGUAUAUUUUCGCUUAACGUUUUACUUCGUAUUACACAUCAAAAGCUAUCUAAAUAUAUAUAAAGAUAUGUGAUUGAAGGUAAUGUGUUACCGUUACAGUACAGGGUAGUCCAAUAUAAUUCCAUUUAUUUUUUAACUAAACGUAUAGUCAUUGCUCACAUUAUAAUUUAUUUAGGUUAGUUGAGCACAUGCUCUAACUACUUUUUUAUAUACAUCUAUAUUUCUUUAAAAAAUAGAUAUAAUAUGUAAAUGUUUAUAUAAGCAAUAUGUUUACUUUUAACAUGUUUUGUAUAAUUAAUUUAUAUAUAUUUUUGAAGUUUGCUUUAUAAUUGUAAUGCACUUGUGAUAAACAAUUGUUAACGUAAUAAGUAAUUAAAUUUAAGAUAAAUGUUUAUUGAAAUUACUAUUGUAAACCAAAAAAUACCAAACUUAUUAUCUCAAAACCCUUUUUUAUAGAGUAUAAAAUUGUUUAAAAUAAUAAACUAAUCUGUAAGUAAAAAUUUUAUCAAAUACAAAAUGUGAAGUUUGCCAUUGUUAUAUGUAUAUAUGGUCAUGUUAAAUAAGCGAAAAAUAUUUGAGCUCAGUAUUACAUCAUAUAUUUAUAACAACAAUAAUUUAGAACAUAUAUUUUACAUAUUUCUAUCUUCUGGCUUCUGGUAAGGGUAGUCAAUGUAGUCAAAAAUUUCUUCUUCUGAUUCUAUUUGCACUGGUUCACCUGGAAUUCCUUUAAAGAAAUAUUUUGAUAUUAUUAAGAGUGUACUGAUUUAAGAUCUCCUUAAAAUGAAGUGCUAGAUAAUUAUAAUUUUGACUUUUAUAAUUUAUAAAAAAAAUUGCAUUAUUUUUUCGAUUGUCUCAAUGUAAUCUAUGUAAUUUAUUCAACAAGACAAUAACAAAAUUAGAAAAGUGAAUAUGAAAAGUUAAAGCCAUUACCAGCCAUUAUAUUAGGUUGAUAGUUUGCUCAAUAUUGUCUGAUUUAAAAUACAAAUAUUUCCAGUUAUGUUUAAAUUACAUAAUUACUAUAACCAUUUGAAUUAUGUUAUUAAAACAAGAAGAUGAA